GUCUCUCUUAAUACUUUUUUACUCUGCAAGACUCUUGAUGGAGAAUAAUCAAUGAAUGAUUUAUCAUCAACAUCCCUGCUCCAAAAAUCUCUCCAAACUUUCCAUCGAGGGAGCAGAUAAUGACUGAUAUUUUCAUUUUUGGGUGAAGUUAACCUUAAAGUGAUGUCACGUGUUGCACCUCGAGCCGGGAUGCGCCUGGUUACAAACCAAGCGAACCCCAACCAGAAGCCCCGCCCAUUCCAUCCACAACUCUUCCAUCCGUUGCGCUAACAAAAAUAGCUAGCUGUUAGCUCGUGUGUAUUCGGGACACUUUGGGUUGUAGAUACUGUUAUAUUUGGAGAUAGUACGUGCUGAUUUUUUACACGUUUUAACCUGGACCGGGCUUAAAUCCAGGAUGUGCUCGGUCGUCGGGUGUCACUCCGGACGUCGCAGCGUUCAGCCUCAACGGUUCAGGCUGCCGGAGGAUCCCGAGAGGAGGCUGGAGUGGGUUCAGUUUCUCGCUACAGUCAACAAACAGCGCUUUAAAGAGUCGUCCUGGACUGACAUCGCAAUCUGCAUCGACCACUUUAAAGAUGACUGCUUUGAAAAGGUGACACCGGGACACUCGGGCAUGGCUGGCAGGGUCCAGCUGAAGCCCGGUGCUGUCCCGUCACUGAGUCUCCAGUCUGGGUCAGAGCAGCCCGAGCCUUCUCCGAAGAGCCCAGGACCUGUGGAGCCAGUGGAAGCCGCUGAAGUCGCUAGUAAACUUCAAACAUGUGAUGGGCCAACGUCCUUUUCUGAAGAGGCAAGACUGGCUUUAUCAGCUGCCCAAGGAAGCGCAGUCCAGAGAGACGUCUCAGCUGACAGAGACACAGUUUUAUCUGUGUAUGAUAAGAUGCAUCAGAAAAAUUUGAAUGUUGAUUUGACCAGAGAAAAAGCUGAACUUCUACAGAAGAAAGGGAAGUAUGUCGUGAAUGAAAAACGCCUCCUCCAGUUGUUUAGCUGCAAAUGCCCGUUAUGUGGCUUUGAGAUGAAGGUGGAGAAGUUCACCUACGGGGUGCUCGUUGUCUUGAACCAACAGUGCCUCCAGUGCGAGUACAGAAACCAGUGGAAGAGCCAAGUCAAUGCCAGCGUCCCAGCAGCUGAUGAUCAACACCAGACAGGAGGCACAGAUGUAACUCUGCUGACGAGACAGGCAGCGCCGACAGAUGAGACUAACAGAAGCACCACAGGGAUCCCUGAGGUCAUUGCCAUCGUUAACGAGGAGAGCGAUCCCAUGGAUGACACGGAGAUAUCAGGCGAAGAAGGCAACGUGGAGUCGGAUGAGGACUGGAAGCCACUGAGGCAUAUUUUGCCAGUUAACGUGCCUCGACGGGAAACGGAGGACAGAUCUGAAAAAGGAAUAGAAGAAAACGAUGACCAAUCUCCACCUGUCCCCAUCAACAGCCAGCUCUGCACAGACUGCGGGGUGUUUUUCAAUAAACUGAGGUCUCACACGUGUGAGCACAAAAUCAAACCCUAUUCUUGCAAUAUUUGUGGGAAGAGAUGUGUUAGUGAGGUCGCGCUCAAUGCCCACGGCAGAAUCCACGACGAAAGCUAUGAGUUUCGGUGCAAAUACUGCAACCUGUCAUUCAAAACAAAGGUGGACAAAUUCAAUCACGAGCAGAUCCACUCGACUGACGGAAAACCCUACAAAUGUCCCGACUGUUCUGAGACAUUUCCCACAAAUAAGGAACGCAGAAUCCACCUAGAGGAUCACAGAGGCCCCCGCCAGACAAAAUGUCACAUCUGCGAGGUUGAAUUCUUCACGCCGCUUUAUCUUCAGAGACACUUACCUGUGCACACCGGAGAAAGGCCGUUCAAAUGUCCUGUGUGCCAACGAGGCUUCAACCAGCCAGGCCACCUGAAGUCCCACAUGCGCCUGCACACAGGGGAGAGGCCUUACAAGUGUCAGCAUUGUGACAAGUGCUUCAAUCAUAACGUGAGCCUGAAGAGCCACGUCCAGCGUUACCAUGCAUCCAACUCCAGGGGUGAACAGAAUAAAGAAAAGGUAAAAGAAGUGAACGUGGAAAUAGAAGAAGACACUGGUGAAGCUGAGGGGGGUGGGAGUCAGAGAGGUGCAGACUCCGAGUUAGAUGAUGAAGACACAGAGGAAGAGUUGCCAAAAUGUAAUAAGAGGAGCACAGGUCGACCCAUAGGAAGGCCAAAGAGGAAUGAAUCGGAAAACUUGGUCCUGAAAGUGCACGUGGAACGCCUGUGUUUAAAAAGAAAGACUGGAAAACAACAGGCGAAGAAGUUAGAGAAAACACAGCACGUUGAUGGAGAGAGUGAGGAUGAGCAGAGUGACAACAACGCAUUUGUUGCUUCAGCAGAGGAGGAAGAGGAGAGGAGUGAGACGGGGACAUCGAGCACGAGCAGAUCGAGAAGAAAGGCGAGAGAUUCUGACAGUGACUCUGAUUUUGAACCCAAAGAAAAAAAGAAAAAGAAACACAACAGCCAGAAAAGUGGUAAAGGUUCAGGAAAGCCCAGGGGAAGACCAAGGAAAAACCUAGCAGUGACAUGAUUCUUGAAAUAAACGGAAGUAAAAAAAAUCAUUUGGCUCAAACAUUUGUAAAGAUAAAGGAGUCAGAAGUGGUUCAUAUAGAUCUGGACUGUGAAAGUUACACCACAUGACAACAUAACAAAUUAUGUCAAGAUGUCCUGAUGUGUAUACUUGUGAAUAAAAGUGUAUUAAACAGGG